AAUUUCACAUUCUUUCCCCAGAGGGCACGAAUCCCAUACUUCUCACCGCAAAAACCAUCCACUGGGUUUUCUUUUUCUCAAAUCCAAAGUCAAGAAAACUCAUUACCCCCAAAAAGUGGGUUUUACGAUUCUUAAUCUGCACCGUCGGCCAUGGCUUCUUGAGAUCCCACUCUUUUCUCUCUCUUUUUUCUUUUUUCUUUUUUUCUCCAAUGUCUUCAAACUUCUCUUCUUUAUUGCCCUCCCAUGGCCUCUCUGUCCGUACCCUUUCUUAUGCCUGCCUAUAACUAUAUUACAUUUGCAAGAUAACUUCUUGUCCAUAGAUCAAUGAUGAAGAUUUCAUGUUGGUUCGCAGUCUUUUCGAUCUUUCUUUGCUUAUUGGCAUCUGGGUGUUUCUCCUUCGAUGAUUUUCAUCAAGCGUUUCCUAUUGUAGAACCUGAUCAUGGUCACACAAAACUUCGCCUUGCAAGGGCAGGAUUGGAGGCAAUUGAGAGAAUAAAGACACCUAUUGCACCUGUUGCUGUAAUUGGUCCAUAUCGCUCGGGAAAAUCUUUUCUACUUAAUCAACUUCUCUCCCUUUCUUGUAAUGAAGGUUUUGGUGUUGGGCAUAUGCGUGACACUAAAACAAAAGGAAUAUGGAUAUGGGGAACUCCACUAGAAUUGGAUAUUAGUGGAGUGAAAACAUCUGUACUUUAUCUUGAUACGGAGGGAUUUGAAAGCAUUGGAAAGUCAAGUGUAUAUGAUGACAGGAUUUUUGCUCUGGCAACAGUUUUGAGUUCUGUGCUCAUCUAUAACUUGCCUGAGACAAUCCGUGAAGCAGACAUAUCUCGAUUGUCAUUUGCAGUUGAGCUUGCUGAAGAAUUCUAUGGAAGGGUAAAGGGUCAAGAUGUUGCUUUCGAGCCAUCUAAGCUCCUAUGGCUUAUCCAGCGUGAUUUUCUGCAAGGGAAAUCUGUGCAAGAAAUGGUAGAUGAAGCUCUUCAACGUGUCCCUAAUUCCGAAGGUGACAGAAACAUUGAUCAGGUUAAUCAGAUCCGCAAUUCUUUGGCUAUCAUGGGUGAUAACAGCACAGCCUUUAGCUUACCUCAACCUCAUCUCCAGCGCACAAAGCUUUGUGAUAUGAAGGAUGUUGAGCUUGAUCCAAUUUAUGUUAAGAAGAGGGAGCAAUUGAAAGAGCUUGUUGCCUCUAUUAUCCGUCCAAAGAUUGUACAAGGCAAAACUCUUAAUGGAAAGGAAUUUGUAGCUUUUCUGGAGCAGAUUCUUGAAGCCUUGAAUAAAGGAGAGAUUCCCUCAACAGGUUCUCUUGUGGAGGUUUUCAAUAAAGGUAUUCUGGAGCGGUGUCUGAAAUUAUACAGUGAGAGGAUGGCUAAAUUGGUUUUACCACUAUCUGAACAGUCUCUCCAAGAAGUUCAUAAAGGUUCUAGAGAAGAAGUGAUGAAAGUUUUUGAUGAGCAACAUUUUGGUCGGCACCAUGCAAAAAGAUCAGUUGAAAGACUGGAUGAAGAAAUUAAUAAGGUGUAUAAAAAUUUCAUCUUAGCGAAUGAGUAUCAAUCUUCAAAAUUGUGUGAGGCACUGUAUAUUAGAUGCGAGGACAAAAUGGACCAGCUUCAAGUCCUCAGACUUCCUUCCAUGGCGAAAUUUAAUGCAGGGUUCCUCCAAUGCAACCAAAGUUUUGAAACGGAGUGCAUGGGACCUUCCAAAGCUAGCUAUGAGCAUCGAAUGAUGAAGAUGCUGGGGAAAUCCAAAUCUGUAUUUAUCAAGGAUUAUAACCACAGGCUUUUUAAUUGGUUGGUAGCCUUCUCCCUUGUCAUGGUGGUUGUGGGACGGUUCCUCAUUAAGUUCAUUUUGCUUGAAAUUGGAGCAUGGAUACUUUUUAUCUUCUUGGAGACAUACACGAGGAUGUUUUGGUCGGCAGAGUCUCUUUACUACAACCCGGUUUGGCAUUUUAUUGUAUUGACUUGGGAAAGACUUGUUUACAGCCCCAUCCUUGAUUUAGACAGAUGGGCCAUCCCUAUCGGUGUGAUAGCGUCAAUGCUGAUGCUUUACUGGAGAUGUUACGGGAGAAGGAAACUUGGGUCUCGUUGGCUGUUACCUUUGUACAACAGUCCCAAAGAUCGACGUAGAUCAGACUAGAAGAAUGGGACUUUUGCUUCUUCAUGUAACCUCUGAAAAUGUGGAGAUAUGAAGGAUCAGCUAAGGAUUGGUACCUCCUCAGCUGUGUAUAGUAGUAGAGUCACGAUUUGCUUAUAUUGCUGGAUGUUAUGUCAGUUGGAACGAUGCAGGCGUCAUUUGGCUUCUCCCAUUUAGGAACUGAUUCCAACCCUAGCAUCUGGAAGGUUGAUUUCAUCAGCCAACAAGUCUGAGACAAAAUUUGAUAGUUUUGAUUUGAAGAAGAUCCCAAUUCUAGUUGUAAAGUUUAUAGUUUAAAGCAUUUUUCGUUUCGAGGCAGGGAAAUGGAUUAUCUAUAUUAUUUCUGUUAGUUUAUAUGUAUGACAUGGUACUCCACAUGAACUGAGUCAAACCGAAUAGAAGGGGUGCUAAAACUUGAGAGAAAUACAACAUUGCUAAUGAAGUUCAAUCUAAACUUAU